AUGGAAUACAUUGAGAACUUCAAGUACAACCUGAAGGAGUCCUUCCACCUGGACCUGCACCAGGGCUUCCGGCUGCUGAUCAUCGUCGCGGGCUACAUGCUGCUGCGGACGCAGCUGCAGAAGAUCCUCGCCAACAGGGAGCUCAAGCGCAAGCUGGCGCAGGACCAGGCCGAGGAGAAGCGCAAGCGUGAGCGGCUCGUCGAGGACCCGAACCAGGCGCCGGAGGCGGAGAGCACGCCGUUCGGGUGGGGCGAGAAGGCGCGCCUGCGCGCGCGGCGGCAGGAGCAGCUGCUGCAGGAGCGCGCAGAGCAGCUGCAGCACGAGCAGGCCGGCGCGGACGAGGACAAGGACAUCGAGGACCUGCUGGAGGAGUGA